UAUAAAAGGAAGAUAUGCAUAACAACUAAUCAAUGCAACUCUACCUCAAAAAUAUUUCUUUCUUAAUUAAUUUUAUCUUAGAGAGAUUAUGGAAAAGGAAAUGUGUGAUAUUUCUGUUGAGAAGAGGCUUAGACUAUUUGGUUUUGAGCUAAAUCCAACAAAGAAUAAUAAUGAAGGACUUGUCAAAGAGUCUAAUGAAGGAGAUGAAAGUGUGAAUUCAUCUAACUCAAUUUCAUCAGGAGGAGAGAAAAUUGUCCAAGAAAAAAAUUCAUCUAGAGACCAAGAUGAGAGAAAAUUUGAGUGUCAAUAUUGUUUCAAAGAAUUUGCAAACUCACAAGCAUUAGGAGGCCAUCAAAAUGCACACAAAAAAGAAAGAAUGAAGAAAAAAAGAUUGCAACUUCAAGCUAGGAAAGCUAGCAUAAAUUAUUACCUACAACCUUUUCAAAAAAAUCAUCAUGGUUUUUCUUAUAAUUCUAAAGAUACUCAUUGGUUUUAUGACCCUUCUUCUUAUAAUUCUGAAUUUUCUUUGUGUGAAGAAUCUCAAAUUAGUUUUAAGUCAAAAAAUGUUCAUGAUACCAAUUCUAGUUGGUAUUCUCUUCCUUCUAAUGUUCCUAGUUCCCAACAAGAAACUUGCAUGUUUACUCUUUCUAAUAUUGAUGACAGGCCUUUCAUUUUCAACCCUUCCUCAAACCAAAUUCAUAGUAAAGCUUUAGAUCUUCAAUUAGGCCUUACUUUGGAGUCAAAUUCAAUGAGCUCUUUAAAAAGGACAUAAUUUGGUAUAGGGUACAUGGUAGCAAUUUCUUUGUUUUUCCUUGAAUUAUUUGAAUGCAUCAAUUCUCAAACAUCAAGGAAAAGGAAAUGAAAAAAAAAAAUCAUUAUUUAUUAGAGUUGGCUUGCCCCUUCAGAGCCAUAGCUAGCCAAUUAUUGACGAGUCUGACCGAUGAUUGUAUACAUACGAUUCUUAUGGUGUAUUUAUUUUAUAGAAAUUUAAUACAAUGUUUUACAUUCAUAUUA